CCCUCCUUCCUCGCCGUACAUCACGCUCUCAUCGCUCCACUCCAUAACGAUACCUGCCCGAGUUCUCUGCCAUGGCCGGCGAAGUUGUACUCCCCAUCCCGAACUUAGAGCUUCCGCAACACCAAUUCGUUCUCUCCAAGCCUCAAUUCUCGCACUUACACGAUAAUGCAAGGCAAAAAUUGCUAGCAGGCAUCGAGGAAGACAAGAUGGCACCGUAUUACCGCUUGGUGACAUCCUCGGGUGCUCUUCCGUUGGAUCCUACGCUCCUCGAGUCGCUGGAGAAGGCCAAUAAGGAGGAGCUUGAGAAACUAGACGAUAGGUUAUCUGAAGCGGAGAAGAUUGAAGGCGAGAGCGACAUCGCUGACGCGCUUCGGGCGAGGGCGAACUACUUCACACAGAUCGGGGACAAGGAGAAGUCUUUAGAAGCUCAGAAGAUUGCGCUGGAGAAGACGGCAGGUCUUGGCUCAAAGAUAGACAUGGCGCUGACCAUGAUUCGGAUUGGCCUGUUCUUCGGGGACAACGACCUGAUACAAGAGUAUAUGGCCAAGGCAGAGGAGAUGGUCGAGAAGGGCGGAGACUGGGACCGACGGAACCGCCUGAAGGUCUACCGCGGUCUGCAUUUGCUGUCCAUCCGGCAAUUCAAGCGUGGUGGCGAGCUUCUCCUCGACGCACUAUCAACAUUUACUGCGACGGAACUCAUCUCCUACAAUGAUUUCGUUGCUCUUACCGUCAUCUCUAACGUCCUAACGCUAAGCCGGCCUGACCUGAAGAAGAAGCUCAUCAAUGCACCAGAAGUGAACCAAGUUCUUCCAGAGCUUCCGCUGCUCGCGGACCUCAUCAAGAGCCUCUACGACGCUCACUACGACAAGUUCUUCGUCGCUCUUGCGAAAGUAGAACAAACUAUGUUACUUCCGUCUCGCAUGCUCUCUGCACACUCAAGAUUUUACGUCCGAGAGAUGCGCAUCCUCGCAUAUAACCAGCUUCUGCAAUCGUAUCGCAGUCUAACGCUCGAAAGCAUGGCGCGGUCAUUCGGCGUCAGCAUAGAGUUUAUGGACAACGAAUUAUCGCGAUUUAUUGCGUCUGGCCGGCUGCAUUGCACGAUUGACAAAGUCGAAGGUGUCGUCGAGACGAACCGGCCGGCACUUAAGAACGCGCAGUACGAGACUGUUGUGCGCCAGGGAGAUAUCCUUCUCAACUCGGUGCAGAGACUCAGUAAGGUACUGUACUGAGUGUGCAGUCGCGAGGCCAUGUAGUAUCCCAUUGUACAUUCAAGUCUUUGAACUACU